AGGGAAGUGGUAAUACCAAACACCAAAAGCUAAAGGAAAAGGAGAGAGAGAGAGAGAAGAGGGGAUGGGCGCAUCCUCUGUUUUCCUUCCCUAACCAUUAUUCCUCCUCCUUCCUCUUAGAUCUUACUUUCCCAUCACUAUUUCACUGCAACCGUGAAAUCCCAUCUCUAUUUUCCUUCAUUCUCCCUUUUCUUCUUCUGGGAUUUCAUUGUUUUCCGCUUAUUUUCCUUCAUUACGAAGCAUCGGAUGUUUCACCAUUCAAUCUGUUCUUUGUUUUUAGCCUGUCCGAUUCUAUCUCAAUUUUCGGUUAAUAAUCGCCCCCUUUUGUUUCUUCUUACCUCAAUCCACAUUUUCCUCCCAACUAGAUUGGAUUGUGUUUUUCUAGUUCAGAUUUCGGAUUUGGGAUCGAGUUGUGUAUGCUUCGAAUUGAACGAUUCUUUUUAGUUUUGAUUUUGAUUUUGAUUUGGGUGUUUUGCGAUGUCUUGUAAAUCGAAAUUCAUUGAAUGAUUCAUUGUUUGGUAAUAGAAAAGAUGGAAUCAGAUCUUGGCAAACUCUUUAUUGGCGGAAUUUCUUGGGAUACUGAUGAAGAACGUCUUAGGGAUUAUUUUGGAAACUAUGGCGAAGUGGUUGAAGCUGUGAUCAUGAGAGAUCGCACCACCGGUCGUGCUCGUGGCUUUGGCUUUGUUGUCUUUGCAGAUCCUGUUGUUGCUGAGAGAGUCAUUUUGGAGAAGCAUAUCAUCGAUGGCCGCACUGUUGAAGCUAAAAAGGCUGUUCCAAAGGAUGAUCAGAACAUGUUGAAUAGAAACAUUGGUAGUAGCAUUCAAGGUUCUCCUAGCUCGGGACGAACGAAAAAGAUUUUCGUUGGAGGUUUAGCUUCAACAGUCACAGAGGCAGACUUUCAGAAGUACUUUGAUCAGUUUGGCACAAUCACUGAUGUUGUUGUUAUGUAUGAUCACAGCACACAAAGGCCGAGAGGUUUUGGGUUCAUUACGUACGACUCGGAGGAGGUCGUCGACCGUGUGCUGCAUAAAACCUUUCAUGAACUCAAUGGAAAAAUGGUUGAGGUUAAAAGAGCAAUCCCAAAAGAGCAAACCCCAGGGCCUAACCGGAGCCCUCUUGUAGGAUAUAACUUUGGUAUGAGUAGAGCUAGUGGAUUUCUUAACAACUAUACUCAAGGCUAUAAUAUGAGUCCUCUCAGAGGUAUCGGAAUCCGGUCCGAUGGUAGGUUGAGUCCAUUUCUUAGCCCUCGAACCGGGGUUCCUCCUUUAGGUUUGAAUUUUGAGCAAGGGCUGAGGCAAGGCUAUGGUAGGACUAUGAACAUUAUGAAUAGUCAAGCACAGGAACAAAUGUUGAGUUCCUAUUAUAAUGGAAAUUCGAAUAGGUACAUUGCCCCGAUUGGCUAUAGCGGAGGCAAUGGACGAGGCGAUUCUCCGUUAAGCUCGAGUACGUGGAAUGUCUGGGGAAAUGGAAGUAUGAGCACUGCUUCCAUGAACUCUUCUGCCUCUGGAAUGGGUAACUUCAGAGUGGCAUAUGGAAAUAACGAUGAUAAUUGGAAUUUUCCUGCUGUUUCUAAUCAUGUUGGAGGAGGGAAUGUUCCUGAUAAUGGAUAUGCAGUUCGAGACAAUGGCGUCGGGUUCAGAGGAGACUAUGGAGGAAAUGUAGUCUCGAACGCAACCCAAAAACCAUUUGCUGAAACAACCAAUGGUUUCGAGAGGUCAUACAGGGAAUUAUAUCGUGAUCAAGUCGUGCACGAUGAUGUAACUUGGCAGUCUACCGCUCCUGAACUCGAUGAUUCUAUGGCUUUUGGUUAUGGUCUUGGUAACCUCGCUUCAGACGAUCCAACCAAAACUUCAGAGAGUUCUGUAGCAAAUUACGACAUUUCGAGCAGACAAUCAACUAGAGGAAUUGCUGCGUAGAAGAAGAUAAAUUGAAAAUAUAGUUGCAAUGAAUGAAACAUGAUACGAAGAAGGAUUUGGAUUCGGAUUCGUAAUUUUCAUACCGCUCGUUGAGUUGAUGAGCUAAAAAGGGAACACUGAUCUGAUAAACACACACUCUAGACUCGGUUCCUCGAUGGAAAACAUAAACAUAGAUUUGGAAAGAAGAAAGGAGACAGACGAGACGACGACGACAACAGAAAUCGAGCACUGUAAUUUUUCGUUUGCAUUUGCGUUUUUUUCGUUAGCAAGACGUAGAGUGGCGUUGUUGGGAUUGAUUGAGGUGUAAUAGAGUGAUGUUUUGAGUAAACAGAUCAUUUUUUGUUUUUGUUUUUGUUUUUGUUUUUGGUAUAAGAACACAGAUGAUGAUGAACAAGUUGUUCGAGUUUGUUGUGUUGGGGAAUUCAUUUCAGAUCUCUUUAUCUAUUUUGUAUGGCCA